CUAUUCUCUGUUAUCCAGAACCGCACGAAGGAUUUCUUUGGUGGAGACCUGACUGUCAAGUAUGGGUCGAUGGACCACUCGGCCGCAAUUGCUGGUGCCUUUCGCGCAGUAUGGUCUGACAUCGAGCUGUUAAAUUGUUGGCCUCACUUGGGUCGCAAGUCCAGAGAGAAAAAAGGGCUACUGUCAGACACACAAGUCAACGGCGAUAUUAUCAAACCGCAGCUGGACCAACUCGAAAAUGCUCGUUCUCGUGAGCAGUUCUUUGCUCUGUCUGAAUUAGUCACUCAAAACUGGAGAGACCAACGCCAAAGGAGGUAUGCCAAGUGGUUUGAUGAGCAGUACCUCACGGACCCGUGGGACCUGUGGUUCAUCACCGCCAGCAACGUCGCUGGAAUAGUACCAAACCAGAAUCCAAUUGAAGCACACCACAGCGCUAUCAAAAAGGUAGCAGCAGGCCAUUUGCAAGCAGCGAUAUCGCAUGUCUUGGCCGUCACUUUGCCAAAGAUAGUG